AACUGUUCGCACGCGAACGACAGCUCAAGCCUCGAAUUUACAAAACUUCCAACACAUGGACCACCUACAGGAUGAGAUUUAGUUUGUGUAGCGAUAUACCUAUGGAAUACGUCACGUAUAUAUACGUAGAGACAAGCUAAUCGCUUGGAAGUCUUGACAAGGAGCAUGAUACUGACAUGAGAACGUAGACUGAGGCAUAGCCUGAAAGCGAGGCUCCGGGGAACAGCGGUUCGUAAAGCAGUCGAGGGACGAGGCAUGCUUUGGGGUGCGUGGUGUGAUUUGUGAUGUUUAUACUUAACGCAUAGCGUCACCAAACCAAGGGAAUUGUGUGAAGGGAGCACUGAAGUGUUGUACUUUAGCUAAUGCUGCAUGCGAUCAUUAACCUGAGUACGUACAGUUGAUGUUGAGCGAAGUAGCGUAGCUAGGAUCCAGACAGCAGAGCUUAUUGCCUGUGAAGUUUGCCGUCUCUGGGCACUCAGCUUUGACGUUUUGGCUGGAAGAAACGCCAGUCGUGGCAGAGAUGAGCAGUUCCAACAUGAAGACCUUGGAGGACCUGACUCUGGACUCGGGCUAUGGGGCAGAAGACUCGUACAAAUCUCUGAGCCUGUCGUCCUCCAAGUCAAACUCGCAGGCGUUCAUGAGCGCUCCUCACCGGGGAAACUGGUGGUACUACUCUGGUUCCAUGAACAGCAGAAACAACAGCUGGGACACGGUGAACACGGUGCUGCCAGAGGACCCCGAGGAUAUUUUCUCCAAGUGUCCCCGUUUGCCGGACCUGGAGGAGUUCCCCUGGACCGACGAGGAGGUGGGCAAAAUCCUACGCAAAGUCUCGGGCAAAGGAGCCGCUUUCUCUACUGAGUCUGUCCGGAGGCUCUCCACUCUCAUGCGAAGGGCUCUGAUAAGGAUUUCGAGAGAAGCCCAGAGGCUGAGCGUAAUGCACUGCCGCUGUACCCGCUUCGAGGUGCAGAGCGCUAUCCGGCUGGUGCUGAGCUGGGCACUCGCGGAAAGCUGCGUGUCGGCCACGGUGAAAGCCAUCUCCCUGUACAGCAUGAGCGCCGGCGAGUGUCUGCGCAAAGGCAAGUCCGCCCGCUGCGGACUCACCUUCUCUGUGGGACGCUUUUUCCGCUGGAUGGUGGACACCCGAAUAUCGGUGCGCAUCCACGAGUACGCAGCCAUCUGCUUGACCGCCUGCAUGGAGUGCUUGGUGGAGGAAGUGGGCACGAGGGUUCUGAUGUCCGAGCGGCAACAGAGCGCGGACGGCGGGCUGCCCCCCAGCACAGUGACAGCAGAAGUGUUAGACGGGGUCGUAAACAACGACGCUGAACUUUGGGGUGUCCUGCAGCACUACGAGCACCUGAUAUGCGGGAAGAACGCCAACGGUGUGCUGUCCCUGCCAGCCCACUUCAGUCCCUACACAGAGGGCCAGCAGUCGGGCGUGGAGAGCCGCGAGGACGCCUACGCCCAGCUGGAGCUGCGUACCCUGGAGCAAGCCCUUCUGGCCACAUGUGUGGGCAGCAUCUCCGAGCUCAGUGACCUGGUGUCCCGGGCAAUGCACCACAUGCAGCGCCUGAGCGCCGUGCGGCCCGGAUUGAGCCCCGCCCGUCACGCCCGCCAGCAGCCCGUGUCCUGGUCCCCCGACGCCCUACACACCCUCUACUACUUCCUGCGCUGCCCACAGAUGGAGUCCAUGGAGAACCCGAACUUGGACCCACCCCGGAUGGCCCUGAGCAAAGAGAGGCCCUUCCUGCUGCUCCCGCCUCUCAUGGAGUGGAUGAGGGUGGCCAUCGUGCACGCUGAGCACCGCCGCAGCCUAUUGGUGGACAGCGAUGAUGUCAGGCAGACAGCCAGGCAGCUCCUCCCAGGGCUGGACUGCGAACCCAGACAGCUGAAGCCUGAGUGCUGUUUCAGCUCAUUCCGGCGGCUGGAGGCCAAGGCCGCCACCGACAAGUUCCAGCUGGACCUGGGCUUCCGUAUGCUCAACUGCGGCCGGACGGACCUCAUCGGCCAGGCCAUCGAACUGCUGGGGCCCGAGGGGGUGAACACCAUGGAUGACCAGGGCAUGACUCCCCUGAUGUAUGCCUGCUCAGCAGGAGAUGAGGCCUUGGUGCAGAUGCUGAUUGAUGCAGGAGCAAACCUAGAUGUGGCGGUCCCAGGCUGCUCCCCCAGGCACCCCUCUGUGCACCCUGACAGCCGCCACUGGGCAGCCCUGACCUUUGCCGUUCUGCACGGACACAUUUCAGUGGUGCAGCUCCUCCUGGACGCCGGCGCCAACGUCGAGGGCGCGCCCGUCCGGAACGGGCAGGAGAGCGCGGCCGAAACCCCUCUCCAGCUGGCAUCUGCAGCAGGAAACUACGAGAUGGUGAGCCUGCUGCUGGCUCGCGGGGCGGACCCCUUGCUGAGGGCGCACGACGGGAAUGCCCUGACGUCCUCACUCUACGAGGACAUGAACUGCUUUAGCCAUGCCGCUGCGCACGGACACAGGAACGUGCUGAGGAAGCUGCUGACCCAGCCGCAGCAGGUGAAGGAGGACGUGCUCUCCCUGGAGGAGAUCCUGGCCGAGGGGGUGGAGGGGGAGGUGGGGGAGGAAGGGGUUGGAGCCAGGGGUGGGGAGAAGGAGCGGUCUGCAGGGUGCCCUCCCCCCAGCCCCGGCUGCAUCACCAACGGGGCCAUCCCCAGACUCUGUAAGGCGCGAAUGAAGGCCCUGCAGGAGGCCACCUACUACAGCUCUGAGCACGGCUACCUGGACGUCACCAUGGAGCUGAGGUCACUGGGCGUUCCCUGGAAGCUCCAUGUGUGGCUGGAGUCCCUGCGCAGCGCCCAGCAGCAGGCCAGGGCCGGGGUCAUUCUCUCCCUCCUGCGAGACUUCACCACCAUCCGGGCGGAGGACUACGGCGAGGAGCUGGUCUCCAUUGGCCUGCCGCUAAUGUUCACCAUCCUCAGAACCAGCAAGAACGAUGCCAUAAACCAGCAGCUGGCCUCCAUCUUCAGUCACUGCUACAGCUCCGCUCCCCUGCCCACUGUACCAGAGAUAAAGGUGUCCCUGUCGGCACAGCUGGACCUUCACUUCCUGAACAACAAGGAGAUGUCAGAUGUGACCUUCCUGGUGGAGGGCAAGCCCUUUUACGCUCACAGGGUCCUGCUGAUCACAGCCUCUGAGAGGUUCAAGUCUCUUUUGGGUUCCAGCGGGUCAGACAGGACCGAGGACUGCAAGACCAUAGAGAUCAGUGACAUCAAGUACAACAUCUUCCAGAUGAUGAUGAGCUACCUGUACUGUGGCGGGACAGAGUCACUAAAGGGCACAGUGUUUGAAGUGCUGGAGCUGAUGUCAGCGGCCAGCUUAUUCCAGCUAGCAGCGCUGCAGAGACACUGUGAAAUCCUCUGUGCACAGAGUAUCGACCUGGACAACGCUGUCAGCAUCUACCGAACUGCCAAGGCGCACGGGGCGGCGGAGCUGAGCGCCUUCUGCGAGGGCUACUUCCUGCGGAACAUGGCCGCGCUGCUGGAGAGAGAGGCUUUCCGCGGGCUGGUCCUGGGAGGAGGGGGCCGCUGGGGAAGCGGGCGGGACUCCCCCCUGGAGGAGCUGGAGGCCACGCUGGCACGCCGCUUGCGCUCGCUGUACGUCACCUCCCAGGUGUGAGGGGGCGUGACCCUCACGGCCCGGCCGUCGAGGACGGAACGGAACGACCCGAUGGAGGAGUGCACUGCAUCUGUCUCAUGUCCCCACGGCGGACAAACCCCGGUACUCAACUCCUCUGUCUGCCCCCCAGCUCUCUGGUACAGCCCUGAGACCCCCACAUCAGAUAAGCAAACUGCAGUGCACUUUGUUUGCGGGGCUAAGGAAGCAACGAAAGGGAUGCGAGCAAGGGAAAGGAUGACAAAAGUGAAAACUGUGGAACUGCUGCCCUCUAGUGGCAGGGAGGGCCACUUGGCUCCCAGUGAAGAGAAAGGACCUGUAAAAUGAGCCUCAUAUUAGCCUGAGUGAAAUCUCCUUUUGAACGUAAGGGUACCAACAGUCAUUACAGUGAAGUGGAGACAUGGUGGAUAUCCAGUGCUAUCAGUAUUGAUUCAUACCCUUGUUAAAUUUCAGCAAAAACUUACUUGAGCAGAAAAAAUACCAACUAUUUGCUAAAAUAUGAUAAAGUGGACUUCUUUUGAACACCAACAAUGCUACACAGAGCAAGAUCAAUUGUUAUUGUUUCUGAAGUAUUUUCUUUCAACCAUGACAAUGAUCAAUUUUAUUUACUUCUCUACAAUCAAUUUUGUAUCCAGAUUUGGUUUUAAUGACACAGAGAAAACCCUUCCUUUAGCGUUUUAUAAACAUGUGGCACAUCUCCUUUGGGAUUUUUGCCCAUUUCUCCAGGGCGAGAUUCUCCUUAAGUGUUCUUUUGUUUACUUUUUUUUCCAAACUGAAAAUAUGCUACAGGAAUUGAGGUCUGAACAUUUUGUUCACAUAGUCAGAAUGCCUUUGUUUCAUUAUCAUGCAGGUUUUGUCCAGGCUUGGUCCUUCUAAAGGAGGAUUCAAGAUUUUUUGGCCAAAAUGUCCUGGUAUGUGCGAGAAUUCAUCCUUCCCUCUAUCCUUAUCCUAUAAGGGCACCAGGACCAGAAGAUGUGAACGAAUCCCAACACAAAACACAUAUUUCACCGUGAAAUUAUUUUUUUCCGCUGAAUACGGAAUACGUUUGCUAAAAUUUAACAAGGGUAUUAAUUAAUAUGGAGUACAUUGUAUAUUUGUGGUUGUUUUACAGUACAGAAAAUGACUUGCAUAGCAUUUAUUUAAAGCAGAACACUUGAUAUUAUUUAAGUGGGACAGUCAUACUCUGGCUGUAUUUUAUUCCGGGUGAAUAAUGUAAAAUAACACAAUGACCAGCAGGAUGAUCUCUGGCCAUUUUCUUAUCUGUUGUUUAAGUUUUGAUUCAUCUCUAUUUGCGCUUGGAUUGUGCUGAGUAAGUGAGAAACCUAGUUAAAAGCAACAUUAAUAUGUAGCGGUUGGGAGUUAUUUCCGGAUACACAGUAAAUGCCCAUUUGAAGCAAUGCAUCAGUGCCCUUUGCUAUGUUUCUUUUAAGUGGUGGUUGCACUUAUCAGCUGUUGCUAC